AUGGAACCAACGGACAACAAGUCGUCCAAGCAAUCUUCACUUCCAAGAGACUCUCGUGGAUCACUUGAAGUAUUCAACCCCGGCUCCAGUGCCUUCUCCACUACCCGAUCCACUAACCCAGCUUUUCGUUCAUUAAACCCCACCUGGAAAAGCUGGGUUGAUGCACGUGCCACCAAUGAACUCGACCAGCCCAAGCAGCCGGGUGAACCCGAAGAAGCACCAAUCACCACCUCAUGGAUGGCCCUCAAGGACCCUGUUCCUGUCCCAACCCUGCCAUCCCCACAGCAAUAUUCCCAGCAAGACGAUAAAAAAACAAAACAACAACUGUCGGGUGAAAUUGGGGUGGCAGCAAAAAGAGCGGCUGAGUGGGGUCUGGUGCUAAAAACAGACACCGAGACAGGCAAACCACAAGGGGUUAGUGUAAGAAAUUCGGGUGGGGACGAACCAAAUACUAAACCGGGUACUUCAAGAAGGAACUCGAAUAACUCAGUAAGAAAUUCUGGUGACUUAUCUGAUGAUGGAGGAAGUACUAAUAUUCCAAGAGUAUCUGAAGACGUAAAAAAUGCACUGUGCACAUUCCAACAGACAUUCGUGGUAUCAGAUGCCACAAAACCAGAUUUUCCAAUCCUGUAUGCAAGUGCUGGAUUCUUUAAAAUGACUGGAUAUACCUCCAAGGAGGUCAUUGGCAGGAAUUGUCGGUUUUUACAGGGUGCAGGUACGGACUCAGAAGAUGUAGCCAAAAUCAGGGAGGCUUUAAAAGGAGGUGGCAGUUAUUGUGGGAGAUUGUUGAAUUACAAGAAAGAUGGAACUCCCUUUUGGAACCUUCUUACCAUUUCACCCAUCAAGGAUGAUUCUGGCAAAGUCAUCAAAUUCAUUGGAAUGCAAGUGGAGGUUAGCAAGCAUACUGAGGGGUCCAAGGAUAAGACGUUGCGUCCCAAUGGAUUGCCUGAAUCCUUGAUUCGAUAUGAUGCACGUCAAAAAGAGAUGGCUACAAGUUCUGUAACAGAACUUGUUCAAGCAGUGAACAGACCUCGUGCACUCAGUGAAUCAACAAAUCGUCCAUUGAUGAGAAAAUCAGAAGGUGGUGGAGAAGAGGAAAGAAAAGGAGCUGUAGGAAGGCGAAACUCAGAGAAUGUGGCUUCAAAUAGACGGAAUUCUCACGGGGCUACUCGAAACUCAAUGCAACGCAUCAGUGAGUUGCCGGAAAAGAAACCAAGAAAAUCUAGCCGCCUUUCUUUCAUGGGACUCAUGAGAAAAAGUACUCGUACCAAUUCUGAGAGCUUUGAUGUUGGAAUUACUCUCGAUGAUGAUUUUGAGAGUGAUGACGACUAUGACGCAAGGCCUGAUAGCCUUGAUGACAAAGUAAGGAAGAAGGAAAUGAGAAAGGGUAUGGAUCUCGCUACCACACUUGAACGUAUAGAGAAAAACUUUGUCAUUACUGAUCCAAGGCUGCCUGAUAAUCCCAUCAUAUUUGCCUCUGAUAGCUUUUUAGAGCUUACAGAGUACAGUCGUGAAGAAAUCUUGGGAAGAAAUUGCAGACUUCCAUCUCCUCUUUGCCUUAUGUUCAUAGGAGGCAUUAAAACUGCCAAGUUGAAACUACAUCAAUUCUUGCAAGGGCCUGAAACUGAUCCGGCUACUGUGAGGAAAAUAAGGAAUGCAAUUGAUAACCAGACAGAUGUCACCGUGCAGCUGAUUAACUAUACCAAGAGUGGCAAGAAGUUCUGGAACCUGUUCCAUCUGCAGCCUAUGCGUGACCAAAAGGGAGAAGUGCAGUAUUUUAUUGGAGUACAACUAGAUGGCAGUGAGCAUGUUGAGCCACGUACCAACAGUAUCCCAGAGGCAACUGCGAAAGAGACUUCAAAGCUUAAGAAUGCUAAUUUUCGCCCCCCAUUUCCUGAAGAGGCGGUGGUGAAAAAAACUGCAGAAAAUGUUGAUGAUGCAGUGAGAGAACUUCCGGAUGCCAAUUCGAAACCAGAAGAUUUGUGGGCAAAUCAUUCAAAAGCUGUUUAUCCAAAGCCUCACAGAAAGGACAGCCCAUCAUGGAAAGCAAUUGAAAAGAUUCUAGAAAGUGGAGAACAACUAGGCCUGAAGCAUUUUAGGCCAGUAAAGCCCUUGGGAUCUGGUGACACUGGCAGCGUGCACUUGGUAGAAUUGUAUGGAACUGGUCAGUUUUUUGCCAUGAAAGCUAUGGACAAGGGUAUUAUGCUUAACCGCAACAAGGUGCAUAGAGCUUGUGCAGAGAGAGAAAUUCUUGAAAUGUUGGACCACCCUUUUCUUCCCGCAUUGUAUGCUUCAUUUCAGACCAAAACACAUAUCUGUCUGAUAACUGAUUACUGCCCUGGUGGAGAGCUCUUCCUGCUUUUGGAUAGACAACCAAGGAAGGUGCUGAAGGAAGAUGCCGUGAGGUUUUAUGCUUCAGAGGUAGUUGUUGCAUUGGAGUAUCUUCAUUUCCAAGGGAUAAUUUACAGGGACUUAAAGCCUGAGAAUGUUCUACUUCAGAGCAAUGGGCAUGUGGCCUUGACAGAUUUUGAUCUAUCAUGUUUGACAUCCUGCAAACCCCAGCUCUUGAUUCCAAGAACAAAUGAAAAGAAAAGGCAUCAUAGACAUCAGCAGCCUCCAGUCUUUAUGGCGGAACCCGUGAGAGCUUCAAAUUCUUUUGUUGGCACUGAAGAGUAUAUAGCUCCGGAAAUCAUAACUGGGACUGGCCAUACUAGUGCGGUGGACUGGUGGGCUCUAGGAAUUCUGCUAUACGAAAUGCUUUAUGGAUACACACCAUUUAGGGGAAGGACUAGGCAAAAGACAUUCGCCAAUAUUCUAAACAAGGAUCUCAAAUUUCCGGGAAGAAUACCGGUUAGCCUCAAUGCGAAGCAGCUAAUGUACCGUUUGUUGCAUAGGGACCCCAGAAACAGGUUGGGUUCGCGAGAAGGAGCGAAUGAUAUUAAACGGCAUCCAUUCUUCAAGGGUGUGAAUUGGGCACUAAUUCGCUGCAUGAAUCCUCCAGAACUUGAGGCACCAUUUUUUGAGUCUGAAGAAGAAAAGAAAGCCAAACUUGUGGAUCCUGAAAUGCAGGAUCUACAGACAAAUAUCUUCUGA